CUACAAAUUUAGUUAUAAGGAUGUAAGUAGUAUCGUAUUAUAGUUUUGUAGAAAAUUAGAAAGACCGGCCGGUGGAGUGUUCAGUGUUUCAGUGCUAAAAGUGUGGAGCUUACAUCUAAAAGGAUAAUUUUGAGAUCGGCAAUGGGAAAAAAGCUUCACUUUUAAGCAGCGAAAUGAAGAGAAAUGUGAUUAGUGUCGUAAAAUUUCUUUCAUUGGCAGCGAUCACCGUUCUGUUUACCAUAUAUGUGUUUCGAUUUUUGCGAGGAUCAAGAAUUUCUGAUACUCCGACCUCGUUACCGCUCCCAGAGAAGCUCCAGGAUGUGGAGCAUGUUCAGGAGCAGCCACAAAAUGCUGGGGAGAAAAUCGACUGGCAGGAUUUAAAAAAGAUAAGAGAAGAAUCAAAAAGAUCAGGAAAAGGAGAGCAUGGAAUUGCAUCUUUUCUCUCCCCAUCCUUAGACGUGCUUAAGGAAAAAUUAUACCAAGUAAAUGGAUUCAAUGCCGCUCUCAGCGAUGAGAUAUCUCUAAAUCGUUCAAUUCCAGACAUAAGAAACUCGGAAUGCAAAAAGAAAAAAUAUCUCCAAAACCUCGACUCUGUCUCUGUCGUCGUUUCCUUCCACAACGAACAUUUUUCUACCCUAAUGCGCACCUGUUGGAGUGUCAUCAAUCGGUCACCAGUUACCCUUCUCGAGGAAAUAAUUCUUGUAGACGACGCGAGUACGAAAAUCGAAUUAAAGAGCAAACUUGACGACUACGUUUAUGAAAAUCUGCCGAAAGUUAAGAUAAUUCGAUUGAAAAAACGCUCUGGUCUCAUCAGAGGACGUUUAGCUGGUGCUCACAAAGCUAAGGCGAAGGUUCUCGUCUUCCUGGAUUCCCAUAGUGAGGCGAAUGUUAAUUGGUUGCCUCCUCUUUUGGAACCCAUCGCUCAGGAUUAUAAAACAUGUGUUUGUCCUUUUAUAGAUGUGAUUGCUUAUGAAACUUUUGAAUAUAGAGCUCAAGAUGAAGGAGCGAGGGGCGCUUUUGAUUGGCAAUUGUACUACAAACGACUACCUUUGCUUCCAGAGGAUCUUAAAAAUCCCUCAGAACCUUUUAAAAGUCCCGUGAUGGCUGGAGGACUUUUUGCAAUUAGUGCCAAAUUUUUCUGGGAACUUGGGGGAUAUGAUCCGGGACUCGAAAUUUGGGGAGGAGAACAGUACGAAUUGUCUUUUAAAAUUUGGCAAUGUGGUGGGCAAAUGUUCGACGCACCUUGCUCGAGAGUUGGACACAUUUACAGGAAGUUUCCUCCAUUCUCGAAUCACUUCAAGGGAGAUUUUCUCGGUCGCAAUUACAAAAGAGUCGCCGAAGUCUGGAUGGACGAAUACGCAGAGUACGUUUACCGCAGACUUCCUCAUCUCCGCACCAUGGAUCCCGGAGACCUAAAAGAGCAAAAAUCUCUUAGGAAGAAACUCCACUGCAAAUCCUUCAAGUGGUUCAUGGAUAAAAUUGCCUUCGACCUCGUGGACGUUUACCCCCUCGUCGAGCCGGACGAUUUUGCUUCCGGUGAAAUCAGAAACAUAGGAGCUUCCGAUUUUUGCCUCGAUUCCAAGGGCAGGGGUCAGGAUGAAGACGUCGUUUUGGAUUUGUGCUCUAAGGACAAUCCGGACAUCCAAGGGGAACAAAAAUUCCAACUGACCUGGCACAAGGACAUUCGACCUCAAGGGCGCACUCAGUGCUUCGAUAUUUCCAGGGCGGAUUUAAAAGCUCCUCUUAGUUUAUAUCCCUGCCAUGGUAGUCAAGGUAAUCAGCUUUGGCGUUAUGAUGUCGAAAAGCAGACGCUAGUUCAUGGAAGUAGCUCUCCAAGGUGUCUCGAUGCCGAUCCUGGGAGACAAAAAGUUUUUGUCACGACCUGCGAUUCUUCCUCUUCCACUCAAAAGUGGAGGAUAGAGAAGGUCAAUAUGAAAGCGAUGAAUAAUUGGGAAAAAAUUGGCCCAAAAGUCUAGGUUUCUUAUUUUUCAAUUUGGGCAAAAAAGUUUUAGGAUUAGGUUACAUUUUUUCAUAUGUCAGGUAGUUUGGUUUUUUGGGUUCAUAAUUUUUGUAAAUAAAGGUCAUGACCCCAGAGUAUGAUUUUGAAAUUCCUAGGACGAAAUAUUUGGCGAGUAUCGAGAAAAAUGACUUGAAAGUUUUCGCCGCUGAUCGAAUGAACUGGAAAAAUAUAUCUUCAUCUGACAGACUAAAAAAAUUUUUAUUUGAUAAAAUUAAAUUAUCUUAGUUUAUUUUACGUGCAAAAAUUAACAUUUGAAUGCUUUCUUUCAAUGAAGAACUCGUUUUUUCGCAUUAUUGUCGUUUUUUUUUAUCUAAACAACUUUUUUGUCCAUUAAAUAAUUUAUUUAUUUGUAAUGGAAUCCAAUUGUAUUGUGAUACUAUUUUUCGUGCAUAUUAUAAUUUUAACCGUUAAAGGGCACACUUCCGUAAAAUUACAUAAAUUGAUACCCAAGGAUAUUCAAACAUGUGCUGUGCCAACGGUAUUGGAUAUUUUUUAAAAAGAAAAUCAAUUAAUGAUGCUUAAUCUAUUUUGUUCAAGGCGAAAAAGGUUUCAUAACAGUUUUUGAAAUUUAAAGUAG